UCCGGGCUGGCAGGCGGGCGGGCGGGCGGCGGUGUCGGCCGGGCCCCCUCUCCCGCGGCAAGCCCCACCUUUCGGCUUUCCCGCACCGUCAAUCAAAAUAGGAAAAAAAACCCGGAGUAGGCUCGGGCCGCCGCCGCCGCUUCAGCCCGCCGUGAGCACAAUAAGCAUGUCCCCGGCGGCAGCCGCCUAGCCCCAGCCAGCAGGGCCUGUGUGCGAGCCAGCCAGCCUGCCUGCCUGCCUCCCGCCCAGCCAGCCAGCCAGCCGGCCGCUCGCACUCACACCAUGACCGCUCCCGAGAAGCCCGUGAAACAAGAGGAAAUGGCUGCCUUAGACGUGGACAGCAGCAGCCACAGCGAAUAUCUCCAGCACGGCAACGGCGCCGCCUCGGCCUCCGCCGGGGCGGCCGCCCCCCAGGACGCGCAGCCGUCACCGCUCGCUCUGCUGGCGGCCACCUGCAGCAAGAUCGGCCCGCCGUCGCCGGAGGAGGAUGAGGCCGCCGCCGCCGCCGCUGCCUCUCACUCUGCCGGAGCGACAGGGGAUUUGGCUUCUGUGCAAUUAGCUGGAGGUCCAAACAGAUGGGAGGUCUUGUCUGCAGCUCCUACCACUAUAAAGGACGAAGCUGGUAAUAUAGUACAGAUUCCAGGUGCUGCCACAGUAACUUCAAGUGGGCAGUAUGUCCUUCCUAUUCAGAGUUUGCAAAAUCAGCAAAUCUUUUCUGUUGCACCAGGAUCAGAUUCGUCGAAUGGUACAGUGUCUAACGUACAAUACCAAGUAAUACCCCAGAUCCAGACAGCGGAUGGUCAGCAGGUUCAACUUGGCUUUGCAGCCUCUUCUGAUAAUAGCAGUAUAAAUCAAGAAACUGGUCAAAUUCAGAUCAUUCCUGGCUCGAAUCAAACCAUCAUUGCCUCUGGAACAUCUUCAGCUAAUAUUCAGAAUAUCUUAUCUGGUCAGUCUGGUCAAGUCCAGGUUCAGGGAGUUGCAAUUGGUGGUUCAUCUUACCCUGGCCAAGCACAAGUGGUUGCUAACGUCCCUCUUGGACUGCCAGGGAAUAUUACUUUUGUACCCAUUAAUAGUGUUGAUCUAGAUUCUCUGGGACUUGGCAGUGGUUCUCAAACCAUGACAGCAGGCAUUAAUGCAGAUGGGCACUUGAUAAAUACCGGACAGGCCAUGGAUAGUUCAGAUACUUCUGAGAGGACUGGUGAGCAAGUUUCUCCUGAAAUUACAGAAACUGCCACUGAUAAUGACUUAUUUGUGCCAACGUCGUCUUCAUCACAAUUGCCCGUUACCAUAGACAGUUCAAGUAUAUUGGAACAAAAUGCAAAUGACUUGACCACAACUAGUGGUCAAGUUCAUGGUUCUGAUCUUCAGGGAAAUUACAUCCAGACAUCAGUCUCUGAUGACACGCAGGCUCAGAAUAUUCAGGUCUCCACAGCACAGCCAAUUGUACAACACAUACAGCUACAAGAGUCGCAGCAGCCAACCAGUCAAGCCCAGAUUGUACAAGGUAUUGCGCAACAGACAAUCCAUGGUGUUCAAGCAAGUCAAAGUAUAUCUCAACAGGCUCUUCAAAAUCUUCAACUGCAGCUGAAUCCUGGAACUUUCUUAAUUCAGGCACAAACAGUGACCCCUUCUGGGCAGAUAACCUGGCAGACAUUUCAAGUGCAAGGAGUUCAGAACUUGCAGAACUUGCAAAUUCAGAAUGCACCUGGUCAACAAAUAACUCUGACUCCUGUGCAGACUCUCACUCUUGGUCAAGUUGCAGCAGGUGGUGCGUUGACAUCAACUCCAGUUAGUCUAAGCACUGCUCAAUUGCCAAAUCUACAGACAGUUACAGUAAACUCUAUAGAUUCUGCUGGUAUUCAGCUGCAUCAAGGAGAAAAUGCUGGCAGUCCUGCAGAUAUUAGGAUUAAAGAAGAGGAUCCUGAUCCAGAAGAGUGGCAGCUCAGUGGUGAUUCUACACUGAAUACUAAUGAUCUAACACAUUUGAGAGUACAGGUCGUAGAUGAGGAAGGGGACCAACCACAUCAGGAGGGAAAAAGACUGCGACGAGUGGCAUGUACAUGUCCCAACUGCAAAGAAGGUGGUGGAAGAGGCUCCAACUUGGGAAAAAAGAAGCAACACAUUUGUCACAUACCAGGAUGUGGCAAAGUAUAUGGGAAGACGUCACAUUUGAGAGCUCAUCUCCGCUGGCAUUCUGGGGAGCGUCCAUUUGUUUGUAAUUGGAUGUUCUGUGGCAAAAGGUUCACUCGCAGCGAUGAGCUCCAGCGACACCGAAGAACACACACAGGUGAGAAGAAAUUUGUCUGUCCAGAAUGUUCAAAACGCUUUAUGAGAAGUGACCAUCUUGCCAAACACAUUAAAACACAUCAGAAUAAAAAAGGUAUUCACUCUAGCAGUACAGUGCUGGCAUCAGUAGAAGCAACAUCUGAUGAUACUUUGAUUACUGCAGGAGGAACAACACUUAUCCUUGCAAAUAUUCAACAAGGUUCUGUUUCAGGAAUAGGAACUGUUAAUACAUCUGGCACCAGCAAUCAGGAUAUUCUUACCAACACUGAAAUACCUUUACAGCUUGUCACAGUUUCGGGAAACGAGACAAUGGAGUAAAUAUUACACAAGAUACCUAUUAAUUGUGGUUAUUUUUAUACAGUAGUGAGAAGAAUAUUGUUCCUAAGUUCUUAGAUAUCUUUUUAUUGAUGUGCAAAAAUUUUUGGAUUGACAGUAACUUGGUUAUACAUGACACUGAAAUGCCUUACUUUGUAUGAUAUUCCAUAGUAUAUUAAAAUGGUAAAAUUGCAUGGGUUUUGUAGGUACUUUUGGAAUCUAGAAGAGAAGAAAUUUUACCAAGUUAUAUUAAAAAAAAAAAAAAGAAUUUAAUGAUGGAAAUGGUAGUCUAACCAAAUGCAUCAAUCCUGUGUGGUUUAGUGUAAAAAAAAUGAGAACAUGUUGGUAUUUAUCUAUUGUAAGAUAAAAGAAGUUGAUGGGUGAAAAGAAAUCACAUUAUGAUAAAAGAAAUUUUGUAAUUUUCUUGAUGACUGGAAUUUUUAUUAUGCAUAACUGACAAAUCAAGUUUCCAAGCAAAUGUUACAUAGUGUAGGCUUUACUUAGCUCAUCAACUUGUCAUUUUGAAGCUAAUUAUUUUAAUUAGGUUAACUAUGUACAAUAUUUUAAGCAUUACUCUUGUAAGAUUUUGCAAACUACAUUUUAACAUGGAACUCUAGGGAUAGUCACCUUUUAAAUCCUAUUGAAAAGCCAUGUUUAAGAUUUAAUUUGCCAAAAUGAUGUCUUGUUAAUAUUCUUUCAAUAACCAAGGUGGGCAAUAUAACCAAUGUUUAAAAAGCUUAAAAUGUUAAGAAAAAUAAAUAUGUAUAGGUUGAAGCAUUUGGGUGGUAAGGCAGAUGUUAUAGUGAAGUAUAUCCCUUCUUUUGAACAUUGGAGGACCAAAAAUAAGGUGUAUUGCGUCUCAGCAGUGAUUUUUAUCAAAUCUUUUUCCAAAAAAACAUCUGUAUGCCAGGGCCUUAAAAGCCAUCAUGUAAAUUACCAGUAAAAUAUAACAUAUGCAAAUACAAAAGAAAAAUCACUUCCAUAUUGACAGUACUCCCAAACAUAUGGAUAUAGUCAUAGUGAACUAGGGGGGUUAUGAGGUUUUUGUUUGUUGUUUAGUUUUUGGUUAGUCAAUCUGCAUUUAAAUAUCAGCCAUCUUUCCUUUUUUGCUUCUUCCCUUAAAAAUUGUAUGUAUCCAGUACAUUUAACUGAUAAACAUAUAUGUUUUUUAUUAUGCUGAAUUUUCUUUUUAUUUUUUAAUUACUGUUUAUAUUUUCAAUUAUAGAAAAUGUACAAAAUGAAGUUAUAUAGCCAGUCUGUAAGUGCUAUACCAUUUUCAAAAAAUGUACAACAAUAAUUACUGCAGUUCACCUAUUUACAAACAUUUGGAAAUCUGUUCAUUUGUUAUUCUUAAAACCACCUCAAAUUUAAAGGCUACCUUAUUGUACGUUUAAAGUGUAUUAUAACAGUGUGGUAGUUAAUAAAACACUAUUUUUUUUUCUUUUGA